ACCACAGGCGGCUUCACAGAGUGUUCUUGUUAUUUUCUCUUAAAAGCUGGGAAAACGCCAGGCAACCUACCCAUCCUGGCGCAGGCUGGGACCGGCGCAGCCCCUUCUUCCUCUGUGCCCCUUCCCCCCAGAAAUUCAUCAUGGAGAGUAAGGAUGAGGUCAGUGACACGGACAGUGGCAUCAUCCUGCAGUCUGGCCCGGACAGCCCUGUUUCACCAAUGAAGGAGCUGACCAAUGCAGUGCGCAAGCAGCAGAGGGCCCUGGAAGCAAGGCUGGAGGCCUGCUUGGAGGAACUGCGUAGGCUCUGCCUGAGGGAAGCGGAGCUGACUGGUACUUUGCCAGCAGAAUAUCCCCUUAAGCCGGGAGAGAAGGCCCCCAAGGUCCGGCGUAGGAUUGGAGCAGCGUACAAGCUGGAUGAGUGGGCUCUGCACAGAGAGGACCCUCUAAGCAGCCUGGAGCGCCAGUUGGCUCUGCAGCUUCAGAUCACUGAGGCGGCUCGAAGGUUGUGUGCGGAGGAGAACCUCAGCAGACAGGCUCGCAGGCAGCGGAAGCAUGCGGCUCUGCAAGAGGAGAAGAAACUGAGGGAGCUCGAGCGCCGCCUGGGUGAUCGGCGGAGGAACAGCGAGCCCCCUCCCACCACUGUGCCCUCCCUGGGCAGAGAGCUCAGUGCUUCGGAUGACAGUUCCCUGUCUGAUGGGCUACUCCUGGAGGAAGAAGAUUCCAAAGCACCAAAACCUCCCCCAGAGUCCCCAGCACCAGCACCGGCACCACCUUCACGGCCUCUUCCACCCCAGAGCCUUGAGGGCCUGCAGCCAACAGGACCUGAGUCUGGCGGCCUAGAACGGGCCCCCAUCCAAAACAGUCCAUGGAAGGAGACCAGCCUGGAUCACCCCUAUGAGAAGCCCAGGAAGUCUUCUGAGCUCAGUAGCGAGUCCAGCAGCCCAGCCACCACUCCUCAGGAGCAGCCCAGCGCCUCCAGCCUAUGGCUGCUAGAUCCUGCCUCCUACCAUGUGGUCCCCAUCCGAAAUGUUCCUGGUCAGUGGCAGGGCCGCACCAGUGCCCCAGCUACCCCUGAGAUGCAGGGCAGGAGGGGCCAGUCGCAGUCUCUGAGGAUGGACUCCUUCCGAUCAGGGGCAGAGGGCCGAGGCCGCAGUGCCUUUCCCCGCCGCCGCCCCACCCAUUACACGGUGACGGUGCCGGACUCUUGCUUCACGCCCAGCAAGCCCCCACUGCCGCACCCUGCCUGCCACUCUUGCUCUGAAGACAGCGGCUCUGAUGUCUCCAGCAUCUCCCACCCCACCUCACCGGGCAGCAGCAGCCCAGACAUUUCCUUUCUGCGGCCCCUUGGUCCCCCUGAGCCACCUCGCCAUCAUGGGGCCUGGGGCCCAGCCUAUGGCCGAGAGCUGGCCCCUCACUACCCUAAACUUCUGCUGCCCGCUGGAUACUUCCCAACAGGGCGCUACGUGAUGGUGGCCGAGGGCCAUCUGCCACCAGGCGAGUGGGAGCUGUGUCGUACCGCCCUAAGUGCUGCCUACGAUGAGGAGGGCGCUCCCCUGCGCUACCAGCGGCUGGUGCCCUCCCACAGCCGAAUCGUGCGCACACCCUCAUUGAAGGACAGUCCCGCGGGCAGGGCACUCAGCAAGGCAGCCGUCUCCGAGGAGCUCAAGUGGUGGCAUGAGCGGGCACGUCUCCGGAGCAGCCGUCCCCACUCACUGGACCGCCAAGGGGCUUUCCGCGUUAGGAGCCUGCCUCCCGGGAGGGAGAGCUUCGGGCGGGCCUCAGGACCCCGGACACAGGUGCCCCCAGUGUGUGUACUCCGGAGGUCACCAGAUGGGGCUCCGGUGCAAGUCUUUGUGCCUGAGAACGGCGAGAUCAUCAGCCAGGUGUAACUACGUUGAAAGCCUUGGCCACAGCUGGAAAAGACUUUCAUAUUGGAGCUGGGGUUGACACCCCUCACCCCUAAGUGCUUCCUUCGGCUCUCCUGCCCUCAUCGCCGGCCGAUGACUCAGAGCUGAAGCCUUUGUUUUUUACAUGAGCGUUUUCCAGAAGCCCUGACCUGAGGAUUUAUAUCUGUGAUUUGUCUUUACGGUUCCUAUAAUAUGAUUGUACUUUAUCCCCAGGAGUCUGGCCUUUUGGACUUAAGGACUUGCUGGGCUAUGGCAGCAUUUAUCUUCUUAUGCAGUCCAAGUGGCCUAGAGGCCCCUUGGGAUUCCCCCGAUGCUCUGUGCCUUCUUCCUGAGGUAGCUGCUGGUUCCGACCGUGGGAGGCGGGAUGUGGUACACACACGACAAGGACUCUUCCCUUGUUCCCAGAUCUUUGGGUACCAUACGCUGGGCAGGAUUCUCCUCUCCCUUUUAUGUGCUCUGUGAUGCACACUCAAUGGCAGGAAAGUCACUAUGUCCUGGCGGAGCCUUGUCUUCCUGCUGUUCUCCCAACCCUACAGUCUCUGCUAGCAGCCUCCACCUCUGUUCUGUCUCCACACCUUUGCGCUCUCAGACCACUGAACCUGGACUUUGAGGCUACACUAGACUGUCUAAUCAGAGGGCUGGUUGGUGGGGAACACCUCGCCCUUCACAGGCACUGCUGGCCAAUGUGAGGCUAGGCUGGUUAGCAAGUAUGCCCUCUGAAAUCUUCAUAGUCCUAGAAGCCAGCACCUUAAAAAAAUGUAUACAUGUAUAUAAAAUGUAUAUAUAUAUACACAUGAAUACAUUUUUUUUGAGUGCCACUUCUGUGGAGUGUUUGAGGAGGCAGUUACUGCUCCUUCCAUUUUCUGCUCAGCUAGCUUCUGCUCUGAGAAAAGUCCUUGUUUGUUCCCACCCGGAGAAGUUCAUUAAUGACUCCCUAUAGGGUGCCGGAUUGGCUUAGAUAACAUGAAUGAGUUGUCCCAGCUCCUGAGACCAGGCAAGCCUGGAAGCUGCCUACGCUUAGACCACUGGUACAAUUAAGUUCCUUUGCUGCCAGGUCAGAUGCCCAGGUAAGCGGUUGUGAGUCUGUGUGGCCUUCUCCACUUGAGCACUUCUCUGGUUCCUCUCUGGACUGGACAAACGCCAGAUGCCUGACUCUAAUGAUCUGUUUCUCCUGCUGGAGAGAAAACAGUGUGGCCCAUUGCACUGGGGCUGGGGGAGGGCGGUGCUAGGAAUUUAGGGGGCUAAGGCGAGCUCGAGGAGAUGCACAAGGCGUUUCUGUCCCGUGUUCUCACCGCAUCCUACCGUCGUCCCAGCUCUGCUCUCCACUGUUUGGCUGCCCUGCUUGUGUUUGUCUGGCUUCUGAGCCCCUUCCCUAGUGUAUAGAUGCCCCUUCCCAGUGUGUUCUCUGGAUCCCUAAGUGCCUUAGAUCCUAAGUCACAAAGCUGGGAGACAUCUGAGUGCUGGGCCCUCCCCACGCCUGAGCACCCUCCGCGUUAACUUAUUGGUCUUACCUAACAGCUAUUUCGUGUGUUUGCACAGUGGCGGUGCCCACAGCUGCAGGGCUGAAACUGUGCAACGUU